AUGAUGGUAUUGCAUCCUGAUGCUAAUUCCAAUCGUCCCUCGUCACCGUCCACGACCAGCAGUACCAGUAACAGCAGCAGUAACAACGCUACCGCUGUUGCCGCAAACCUGAGCAGUACAACUGCCACGACUGCAACAAGGUCCGAAAGCUCCCUUCCCAUCAAAUCGGGAUCCGAGCGUCCGGCUGUUGUCGUACCGCAAUUGCGGAGAAGGAGAUCCAAAGGAACGAUUGCGGACUUAACUCGGAAAUCUCCAUCCUCGGGAAACGAAUCUGGAUUACCGGUAGUCACUACCGCAAAUGAAGGGGCCCUUGUCAACAGUAGUUCACAGGCGUCAUCCUCAUCCACGUUGGAGGAUUCCGUAUCACCGCAACAGCAACACUUAUCCACAAUCUCGUCGUCUUCCAAAGACCGUACACCGCAACAGCAGUCGCCGCUGCACAAAAAUACAGAAAGCAUGGAAGUGGCCAACCCGAGCACGAAGAGUUUUAUACCGAACAAACCGAAUCAUGUUUCAAAAUUAGCUUUGCUGUGUGCACAAAAUGCAAUGAGGCUCGGUGCACGUACGCAACUUUAUCUGUGUCCUCCGGGAAAGGUCCGGAGGACGCUACAAUCGGAGCUCUUGCGGCACUCCUCGCGAUUUGCCAAUAGCGGUAGUACAAAUUCUUCCGAUGUCGGCUUGGACCACAUGGUAGAUCUCACUCGCUACGAACAAGAUGAGCAAGAUUUUUUGCGAACCAGCAACAGCUUUCAAGCGGAGCAGGAUGAAGACGACGAAGAACACAGCAGCGGUGAUGAGGACGACCCCGUGUCUUCGUUUACUUUUCCAGACAACAGCAGUAGCAUCGUUCAUUCAGAAUCUCGGGAACCCUUGUUUACACCAUUUGGAAGGGAUUUGAGGUUGUCCAACCCCAACGGUGCUCCGGUGCUACUCGGCGGUAGCGGUAGCCUCAACAAUAACGGAAGGCUGGCCUUCAAUCGACGCAAAUUGCGCUUUUUUGACGCCAUUGCGCCACAAGAUUCCGCCACGGCCCGGGCCUACCUACGGUGCGAACUGAACAGAAGCAAGAAACGAGCCGCGCUGUCCUUGUCGCGACAUUUGAAACGUGUACACAUGGAAGAGGUUCGUCGAAAACGCACUGCGCAAGGAGAAAUUGUAGACGACCUUGUAUUGACGGAAACGCCGGAAGAGCGCGCCUUACUUUCCGGUACGGUGUCUAAAUUACAAGCACCCAUGACUCCGAGUCUUGCCGCCGCACUGUUAUUAGAAAGCCUAAAAGUCGGCAGACCAGAAUCAAUUGAAGGCAUGUCAAAAUGCUACGAUGGAAUUGUCGCCGCUGGCACGGCCGUUUUGGAUUCAAUGGAGAGCAAUCCAGCCUCACAGCAGGAUACUGGCAAUAAAUCACGUGCUACUCGUUCAGAGAUCGUCGCGGCUCUGGCACCCCUGCUAAUUACAAGUUUAGAGCAACCGUCAGGAGAGUUGUUUGUUCUUUUGGCAAAGUUGCGCCAGAUGUGCGGGACCGUGCGGUAUCAGCGGCGAUUCGUGCAACGUGUAGCACCAUGUUUGAUUCGUCCACCCAAUUCUGCCAUGUGGUGUCUCAAGCACCAAAAUGACAUGGAAUCUAUUCUUGCCGCAACGGAGCUUAUCUUGGAUUCGGCCAUGGACAUAUUUAGCAAAGGUUGGUACGAACGCGGACAAUUACUCUUAGCGGAUACAAAGCGGGCAGAAACAUUGAAGGCCGCGGCCAAGCAAUUGCGUGACUUGAGCUCAGAGCCAACCACUGGCAGUCUCGCAUUGAGUGGGACCGGGAAUGGAUUGACCACCACCGCGCGUGCACGACGCUUAAAAAAUGACAGCGGCGUCAGUGGUGCCAACAACCAGCUGGCCGAGUGGGAGGUCAUAGCUGUGGAUAGGCAAAUUCGCGUCUCGAUUGCGAAUGCGCUCAAGUCUGAUUGGUCACGAUCGACGAUACAAUCCGAAAUCAAAAGUCACUAUCGACGCCCAUCACCAGUAAACAAGGCUGCGCUGCGUGCUAUACCGAGUGGCAGUAGCGACAUGAGUCCGAAGUCCAUGGUUUCGUCGUCGCCGCGUAGUCCUGCACGAAUAAUGAUUCCGGUUGCGUCCACUCCCAAAUCUCCCCCUCAUCUGCCGUCGGUUCAAUCGUCGACAGCGGAAGUUCUGGAGAAUGUGUUCGGACCAUCGUUUGCUGAAGUAAACGUACAAUCCGAGCGCGCAUUUACCCCUCCACCACAUAACAGCCAGUCCAACCCUGCGAUGCCACAACUCAAGGUGUUCAAAGAUGACAAGCAACUAGAAUUUGCUGAGGCUUUCUCAAGCUCUCCACAAUCAAAUCAGACACCGCCGAGAUCGCCUCAUUCUCCAAAAAAGGCAGAAACUGAUACUUUGAAAUUUACAGAAAAUGCACCGGCACUUACUCCUUUGUCGUCUCCUAUCCGAGGCAAGGUUAUCGGGGGGAAAGAAGUGGCUGGGGCCUCGCAUCCUUCAAGUUCGGCGCCAACAACACCUUUGUCUCCUUCUUCCAUUGGUUCUGCCGAGAUAGUUUCUUACAAACCUGUAUCUGCGGCGACCGUGCCGUCUUCCUCGGGAUCAACAGCUCAUUACCGCAUGUUGACCUCGACAGCAGCUGAACGCAAGAGAACGGUCGCAGCCUGUCGAGCUCUCCGCGCACAGAUCCAGCGGUUUGAAGAUGCGUUUUUACAGCUACAUGGCCGUUCUCCGAAAGGUGCUGUAGAGCGAGCGCCGCUCACAACGACCUAUGCACAAUAUCGGGAAUGGAAACGGGCAAUUCGAGCAGACGCAGCUUCUCGCAUUCAAGCGCUCUUUCGUGGUUUUCGAACACGAACGCUGCUUCUACAAGGCAAUCGUCCAGAAAUUUUACGCGUUGUUUCCCGUCGGGCAGGAAGAUCAGAUUUUACGUUGCCCGAUUUGAAUUUACCAUCUGACAUUGGCGAUUCGGAACCAACAGGUUCUUUGACAAGCAGUACCGAGAACGAAUCGCUAUUUGAAACAUCGGAAAAGCAACCCUCAGGCUUACAAUGGGCAAGCAAACAAUUGCGACCGCGAGCGAACAGCGGCGACCGCUCAGGGUCGCCCGGAAGCUUGUCAUCCUCGAAGAGUCAGUCAGCAACACUUUCGACAGUUCCAUCAGCUUUGACAAUCCAAGAAUUGAAGGGCAUGACCCUUCCCGAAUUACAAGCUCGAAAGCGAGAUCUCAAAUCUCAGCUUAAGCAAUACGAUAUGCAUUUUGCGCGCAAGCAUGGACGAAUGCCGAUCAAGGCAGAGAAGGAACCCAUUCGACAUUUGUAUGAGAGUUACAACUUUUUGAAGACGCAAAUUACGACAUUGGAGCACGAACAACGUCGACUUCCACCUCCCUUAAAAUCACCCAGUUCGAGCGUUGUGGUCUUUCCGCAGCGAACCGUUUCGCCAACGUCAGGGUCUGAAAGCGGUCAGAGUGCCACUGAAGACGCAGGCUUUUCGGCGAGUCCUAAAACGGCGCGAGGAAAACGGAAGGUGCCUAAGUCUGCUUCUCCGCCGAUUGCCUCUGCACCGAGUGCGGCAUCCAGCAAAAGUAGCUUGCCUACUGAUCUUGCUAGUCUUAAGAUUGAAAAGGGGCAGCUGCAUCAAAUGUUGAGAUCUUACGAGAAGGACUUUUUCCGAGAGCACAAACGGCAGGUCUCUAGUUUUGCGGAUAUAAAACCAGUCGCGAGUCAAUACCGUCGAUACAAAGAGAUAAAAAGGGCAAUUGCAGCGCAACAGCAAAUGGGAAGAUAACCUUCUGAUAUAAUCGGAGCUAACAAUUCUGGUCUUGCC